AUGCCUGAGAGCUGGGGAUGCGUAGAACUGCGAGAAGCGCCGGUGGCCAACCAAGUGUCCAAGGAGCUCGCUUGGUGUUUCAGGCUUUUCCUUCCCUUGGCCAUCCCCUCACCCAACCAUCACCACUACUACAACUUCACCAUCACCAACACCACUACAACUUCAUCACUACAACCACGAUCACCAUUACAACUACGAGUACACUACAACUACUACAACGACAUCACUGCGACCAUAGCUACGAUAUCUACGAUAUCUACGGAGGUCAUCAACUCUAUUACCUCAACGCGCAAGAGUGCGUUCAUGCGCCGAUUCACCACGCUACACGUCGCUCAAUCGCGUAAAUUCGACGUGCUCGACGCGUCAAGAGACUGA